UGGCCUUGUCGCGAUAUCGGGUUUCACUCGGGCGAGAUGCGGCGUGUCCGCCGAGCUUCGACACAAAGCCGGACUGGAUGCUGUGGCGGCGGGGUGCAGAUGCGCGAGCAGCGAUCGGCGAGCCGGUAGAGAGGCGGAGAGGGUGGUGCACUGAAGGAUCAGCGAGGGGUGGCGUUACAGACCGAGGGGCACGCGUCCACCUGACCCUAAAAUAACGAAAAAGAGGCAAAUAUUUACCGCAGGAACAAAGGCAUUAUAAUAUAAAUCAGCUGUAAAAAAUACACACGCGCACUCCGGAAUGGAUGUAUAGUAUCCAGUAGCCAAUCUUGUCUGUUCAAUGAACGCUGACUGGGUUCCUCUGCGGUGGCAAAGCAUUCGGAGCUGCAUCUGCAUACAAACGGGAUUUAUUGGUGGAUGAGGAGCUUAACUUAACAUCUUAACAUCCAGCGCUGGAGCAAAUGAAUGCUUCGGGAGAAGCGGCCGGCAUGAAGACGAUGUCUAAGGGAUCGGGGAAGGUGGUGAUGAUUCAGCUGCAGAAACGUGGCACCUGGAACCAGAGGAUGCUGCUGCUGCUGUACGUGACCCUGGAGCUUAUCGCGACCCACGCCACUGCGGUCCUCGGCACGCUGGAGCUGCAGCUGGACGAAGAGCAACCAGCGGGCACCAUCGUGGGCGACAUCAGCGCUGGCCUGCCCCCGGGAGUAACAGCAACGCUGUUCUUUAUCGCAGACCAAGAGGGUACUGGAGUUGGAAGUGACCUGGAUAUUGAUGAGACCAAGGGCAUCAUCAAGACGGCCCGUGUCCUGGACCGGGAGGUGCGGGAUCACUACAGUUUUAUUGCUGUCACCACAUCAGGGGUGACAGUGAAGGUGUCUAUUGUGGUGAAUGAUAUCAAUGAUCACGCACCAGAAUUCCCGAGGGAGAGGACGGUCCUCAAAAUUCCGGAACAGACAGCAGUGGGUACAAGGUUCUCCCUGGAACCUGCCGCUGAUGCAGACAAAGACCAGCUGACCACUCAGGGUUACCAAAUAAAAGACGGGAAUGUGGGCCAGGCUUUCCGCUUAGAUACCAAAAGGGGGUCCAACAAAGUACUCUAUUUGGACCUGGUCGUCAAUGCUGUUUUGGACAGAGAAAAACGGUCUUCCUACUCUUUGUUGCUAGAGGCUUUUGAUGGGGGCUCUCCUAAGAGAACAGGGCAGAUGGUCUUAGAUGUCUUCGUGCAGGACAUCAAUGAUCAUGCGCCCGUCUUCAACCAGAGCCGCUAUCAUGCCAUCAUCUCCGAGAGCAUGCAACCCGGUAGCAACAUCCUGCAGGUAUAUGCUUCUGAUGAAGAUGAGGGUGACAAUGGACUGGUGCUAUAUGAGAUAAAUAGGAGGCAGAGUGACCCAGAGAACUACUUUGUUAUCGAUCCUCGUUCUGGGAUGAUCACCCUCAACAAGCCACUGGACUAUGAGAUACGGAAGGUCCACGAACUGGUUGUUCAAGCCCGCGACAACGCGAGCCAGCCGGAGGUGACAAACGCCUUUGUGACCAUCCAUGUCCGUGACUACAAUGACAACCAGCCCACUAUGACCAUCAUCUUCCUCAGUGAAGAUGGCUCGCCCCGAAUCUCAGAGGGGGCACAGCCUGGCCAAUACGUGGCCCGAAUCUCUGUCUCAGACCCGGACUACGGGGAGUAUGCCAACGUCAACGUGUCUCUUGAGGGUGGCGAUGGCAAAUUUGCCCUGACCACCAAGGACAGCAUCAUUUACCUCAUCUGCGUGGACCAGGUGUUGGACCGUGAGGAAAGGGACUCCUAUGAGCUACGAGUGAUGGCCACAGACUCUGGCACUCCACCCCUGAGGGCCGAGUCCUCCUUCACCAUCCAAGUUACUGACAUAAAUGACAACCCCCCUCUCUUUGACCAGCAGGCCUACAAACAGGCCAUUUCGGAGGUGGUCUAUCCCGGGAGCUUCGUCCUGCAGGUGACUGCAAGGGACAAAGACCAGGGCCCCAAUGGGGACAUCCAGUACAGCAUUCUCCAGAAGCCUGGCACCCACUCGGAUUGGUUCUCGAUCGACCCAGUGACGGGGAUAAUCACCACAGCAAUGCAGCUUGAUUUUGAGAUGGACCCCAGGCCCCAGGUAACGGUGGUGGCCACCGAUGGGGGCCGUCCACCCUUGUCCUCCACCGCCGUGGUUGACAUCAUCUUGCAGGAUAUGAAUGACAACAGGCCCGUUUUUGCGAGCAGUUUCUACAACGUGUCCAUCGACGAGAACGUCGCAGUGGGAACCUGUUUCCUUGAGGUGAUGGCGACUGACGAGGACAGAGGUUCUUUUGGGACCAUAUCCUAUUCCAUUGGAUCCGGAACCGGCAGCACAGCCCCCACUCAAUUUACCAUCGGCAAGGAGACAGGCCGGAUCUGCACCAACAUGGCUUUGGACCGGGAUCAAGGUCCAUCCAGCUAUGACUUUGCUGUGACUGCAGCGGACGGGGGUGGACUGAGCUCCACAGCAUCCGUGAAGGUGACCCUGAUGGACAUCAACGACAAUGUGCCCACCUUUUACCCUGUGCUCUACGCCGUCAGCCUGAGCACGCAAAGCACACCUGGAACUUCGGUCGUCCGGGUGACGGCCUACGACCCUGACGCGGGAGCCAACGGGAAGGUGACCUACCACAUCAUCCCAGGCUACAACUCCCCCUUCUUCACCCUGAACAAGGACACAGGUGUGAUCUCCCUCUCCCGCUCUCUUCACGGCAAGGCCAACUCCGUCAUUUCCAUGGUGAUCGGAGCCCAGGACGGCGGCGGCCAGUCGGCCCCCGCCAGCGCCCGCGUCAACAUCAGCGUGGUUGCUGGCUCAGUGGCGCCCCCUGUGUUUGAGCAGGCGCAGUACUUCUUCACCGUGUCAGAAGAUGUGCUCCGGGGGACGGAGGUGGGCGUGGUGCGUGCGAACAGCAGGAGCGGACUCUCCCGGGACGUCUCCUACACCAUCUCGGCGGGCGACCCCGACGGCUUCUUCACUAUCGACGAGGAGAUGGGCGCGCUGCGCACCAGCCUGCCGCUGGACCACGAGGCCCGGCCCUGGCUGGAAUUGGAAGUGCAGGCGCGCAGCGGCUCCCCCCCCGCCUUCGGGCAGGCACGGGUACGUGUCACGGUGGCCGACGUCAACGACAAUGCGCCCGUCUUCCUGCCCUCGUCCUCUGAGUCGCUGCUGCUGCCGGAGGACACACGCAUGGGGACCACAGUGUACCGCGUACGGGCUGACGACCCCGACUCGGGCCCCAACGGCCAGCUCAGCUUCCACCUCAUGUCUCCUGCUGGUCAGCGCACCUUCAGCGUGGAGCGCGGCAGCGGUGACAUCCGGCUGAUCGGCAGCCUGUCGUACGAGAGCGUGCCACGCUAUGACCUCCUGGUGGUGGCCCGUGAUGGGGGGGCACCCCAGAUGAGCGCCACCUUCACGCUGGUGGUGCACGUGCAGGCUGAAAAUGACCAAGGCCCAGUUUUUGACACGCUUACCUACCGCGUGGAACUCAAAGAGGGCACGCCCCUCAGCACACGCUUCCUUCAGGUCCGCGCUCUCAGCAGGGAGGCCCCCGGGGUUGCCGGAGGCUCCGCCCCCUCAUUAGCAUACCACCUACGCCCCGAUGGUGAUGCGGCAGGCUUCGGUGUGGCCCCCGACAGCGGCUGGCUCUUUGUGAAGAGUGCCCUGGACCGGGAAGCCAAGGACCUGUACCUCCUGACAGUGCUGGCUACAUCAGGCAGCGGGCAGAUGAAGAAGACAGGCAGCGCCACCGUGCGCGUCUCCGUGACGGACGAGAACGACAACGCCCCGCGCCUCACGCAGGAGCGCGUCUUCCUGGCCGUGCGCGAGAACCUGCCCUCGGAGACUGGAUUCGGCCGGGUCUCUGCUACCGACCGCGACGCCGGCCUCAACAGCCGCCUCACCUACCGCCUGCUACAUACAGACAGAAACUUCCAGAUUAACUCCCAGACAGGUGAGAUCAGCACAAAGACGGCCCUGAAUCGUGAGCAGCAGUCCAGCUACCAGUUGGUGGUGGUGGUACAGGAUGGGGGUACGCCCCCCCGCAGCGCCACUGGCACCGCCCACAUCACGGUGCUGGACGAAAACGACAAUGCGCCGUCCUUUGCUCAGGUGCCUUCGGGGAGGGAGCUGGUCAUGCAGGUUCAGGACAGUGUGGCACCCGGAUCCCUCAUUGGCACGGUGCACGCCAAAGACCCUGAUGAGGGGGAGAAUGGGACCGUCUUCUACUCCUUGUCAGGCCCAAGGGCAGAACGCUUCUCCCUUAACCCCAACACGGGUGAGCUCCGUACCUCUGCCCCACUGAGCCGUGCCGAGCGGGACGAGUAUAGGCUCACGGUGACGGCCACCGACAGGGGCCUGUCGCCCCAGAGCUCCACAUGUGCCCUACAUGUCCAGGUCAUCGGCUCCAGCAAGACUUCACCAAAAACCAACUCUUUGUCCAUGACCCUCAACUCAGUAGAGGGAGCUAAACCUGGCUCUAUCAUUGGCUCUGUAAGGACACAUGACAAGCAGCCACAAGGCCAAGUGACCUACCUGGUAGUAGGAGGCACAGACCGAGAUGGCACAUUCAUGGUAGACCACCUUACGGGAGAUGUUUACCUGGCCCGGGAGCUGGACUAUGAGCGAGGGACUCGUUAUACCUUGCAGAUUGAGGUGGAUGACCUCUCCCAGGCUUACCCCAACAGUCACCUGGUUCAGCUGGACAUCAACGUGCAGGACAACAAUGACCAUGCCCCCCAAUUUCCUGAGGACCCCGUUACUAUUGUAGUUUCUGAGAACAUGCCACCCGGCUCCUCUGUCUACACCUUCCAGGCCAUGGAUGGAGAUGGGAGUGGGCCCAACAGCGAAGUGCGCUACUCCAUUCUCCGUCGUUGGCCCAAUGACACAGAGGUUCUAUCCCUGGACCCAUCCACAGGUGUCCUGGUCCUGAUACAGCCCCUGGACCAUGAGGUCACCCCUUCUUUUGUCUUGGUGGUUCGGGCCACUGACUCUGCCCUCGAUGUUUCUCAGCGGCGGUGGGGGUCAGUAACGGCCCGUAUCUUUGUGACGGACGAGAAUGACAAUGAGCCCAUUUUCAGCUCACCUGCUGCUGUUAGCGUCAUGGAGGACCAGCCCGUGGGUUUUGUGGUGCUGUACGUCAUGGCCCGUGAUGCUGACAAGGGGGAGAAUGGUCGUGUCUCUUAUCGUAUCCAGGAUGGGAAUGCCGGAGGGAGAUUCAGCCUCAAUCCCAACACAGGUUCAUUGUCCAUCUUGAAAGCCCUGGAUCGGGAGGAACAGGCUGUUUACAACCUAACGAUCAUAGCCGAGGACCACGGGGUACCCCAGCAUUACACCUCUCAGCUGCUUUCCGUGCAGGUGAUUGACGUGAAUGACGAGGCCCCCUGGUUUGAGAAGGCCGAAUUUGAAGCCCAAAUCUUGGAGAACCAGCCACCUGGGCUCACCAUCCUCGCAGUGUCUGCGUCUGACAGGGAUCAAGGGACUAACGGCCAAGUAACCUAUGGAGGCAUCGUGGAGGAAGGCUUCACAAUCCACCCAGAGACCGGGGUCAUCAUGGCCACAAAGGCCCUCGACAGGGAGGUCCAGGACCGCUAUACAGUGACAGUCUACGCUAAAGACGCCGGUCUGCCAGCCAACUUUGCCACAGCCACAGUUCGGAUCACAGUACUUGACGAAAAUGACAAUGAGCCAACCUUUGGGAGUUCCUACUACAACCUAGAGGUGCCAGAAAACCAAGACCCCGUGGAACUCUUCACGCUUCGAGCCACCGACCAGGAUGCUGGAGCCAACGGAAAGAUUAAAUACUGGAUUACAGCUGGCGAUCCUAAUAGCGAUUUCAGUCUGGACAGCAGCUCAGGAGUGCUGUCUACUUCCAGACCUCUUGAUAGGGAGAGAAAGUCCAGCUACUCACUUACUGUUGUGGCUCAGGACCACGGCACCCCAUCGCUCACCAGCACAGCUGUUGUGGACGUCGCUGUCCUGGACAUCAAUGACAACAGUCCAAGGUUUCAGCGCAGCAGCUACACCGUUGACAUUUCAGAAGAUGCGGCUGUUGAUUCAGUGUUGUUAGAGGUGACGGCCAUCGAUGAUGACGAAGGGCUGAAUGGGAAGAUACUAUACCUUUUGAGCCCAGAGUCCAUGGGCGCUUUUGCCGUCGACCAGGACACAGGUCGAAUCACCACAGCUGUGACGUUGGACCGUGAGAAGCAGACCUCCUACAGCUUCAAGCUAUGGGCUGUGGACUCAUCCCCCGCGAACCCACGCAAUGGUACGACCCAUGUGUCAGUACACGUGCAGGACGUGAACGACAAUGCCCCCUUCUUCAUUCAGGAUCCAUUAAUCAUCAACAUCUCCAGUGGCAGUGUGUCCAGCCACCAGGUGGUUGCUACUAUGAGGGCUGAGGACAAGGACUUUGGGGCCAAUGGGUCUGUCUUCUACCGCUUUGCCAGCCCGGUUCGGGGCUUCACCAUCAACUCCCUGACGGGGGCAAUCCAGGCCACACAGAGCCUGCAGUCACUAACCCAGAGCCAGCGGACCCUGAUUGUUGAGGCGGUGGACCAGGGCAGUCCUUCCAAGUCCUCGCUUGGGGUUGUGAUAAUCUAUGUCAAGGAAGAGGAAUACAAGGGCAUCCGCUUCUCCCGCGCUGCUCGAGACGUCAACAUCCAAGAGAAUGCAGCCAAAGGUACUUCGGUGGUGCAGGCAGUAGCUCAGCACCCAGAUGGCUCACGCGUUGGCAUCACCUACAGCAUAUUCAGUGGCAACUGGAAGCAGACUUUCAGCAUAAGCUCCAGCACAGGUGAGAUUCGGGUGCUGAGCUCUAUUGGACUGGACUUUGAGGACACCCCCAGACUUCGCCUGGUGGUGAAGGCAGAGACUGCGUUGUCCAGCUCCUACAUGGCCAUCAAUCUGAUUCUGCAGGAUGUCAAUGACAACCUACCGCGCUUCCAGCUGCAGACCUACACUGCAUACAUGCAUGAAGCACAAGGCUAUGACCUUCCCAUCAUCCAGGUUCUAGCUAGUGACCCUGAUCAGGGUCCCAAUGGUCAGGUGACCUAUUCCAUCUCAUCGUCCAGCAUGAGCGGCCUUUUCAGAAUCAAUCCUUCCACAGGCAGCAUUACCACGGCAGCCAUCAUGGACAGAGAGAUCUGGACACAGACUAAGCUUGUUGUCACGGCAACAGACCGCGGUAAUCCCAGGUUGUCUGGGUCUGCUACGCUCACUGUGAUCAUCGUGGACCUCAACGAUAACAGUCCUACAAUCCCUUUGCCGCGGGAGAUCCGCGUGCCAGAGAACACCCUCAUUGGAACAGAAAUUACUCAAGUGACGGGCAAUGAUGUGGACUCUGGUCCCGCCUUGUUCUACUUCCUGCAAUUGGACGCCUUCUCCAAGGGAAAGUUUGGGAUUCACCGCUACGGCGGAGGAGUGUCCUUGACUGGCCCACUGGACUUCGAGGAGAGGACCUGGUACACAUUCACCAUCCGAGCUUCUGAUUCCCAGCACCAUGGCGAAGCCAACCUCACCAUUCUGGUGGAGGAUGUGAAUGACAACGUACCAACCUUCACCCAGGAUCUGUACCAGGUUACACUACCUGAACACUCCCCGCCAGGCAGCCCCAUUAUUACGGUUACCGCCACAGACAGGGACACCGGGAAGAACGGCAAGGUGACCUACAGAAUCAUAUCCUCCACCAGGGAUGGCUUUGACAUCGACCCUCACAACGGUACGCUGUUCAUAAAUCAGAAGGCGGAGUUCGAUCCAGAGCGGCCUUCUGUCACUGUGCUGAUCGAGGCACGAGAUGAUGGAGUCCCAGCUUUGUCGUCCCUCACCACCGUCCAGGUGCAGAUGUCUGAUGUCAACGACAAUGCUCCAACUUUCCAUCAGUCUGAAUACAGGGCCACAGUGUCUGAGGACAUCCUGCCUGGGGCCACUAUCUUGACCUUGGAGGCAAUGGAUGUCGACUUGUCACGGGACAACUGUGGCUUCGACUUUGCCAUCGCCAGUGGAAAUACAGGCAACGCCUUCCAGAUUGAGAGCAGUGUGCGGUAUGUGGAGGGGCGGGGUUUCCAGACAGUGGGGACCCUCAUCUUAGCUGAACAGCUGGACUUUGAGACCACCUCACGAUACAACCUCACUGUCGUGGUAUCAGACCGUGGCGUUCCCCAGCGCAGCUCCAGUGUUGUGGCGGUGAUCUCAGUCGCCGAUGCCAACGACAACCCACCAGUCUUCGGUCGCGCUGAGUACAGUGUGGCCCUAAGCGAAGGAGCGGCCGCUGGCACGGAAAUUUUACGCUUGACAGCCACAGACCCGGACUCUACCACGGACACUGAAAUCCAGUAUGCCAUCAGCUCUGGAGAUGAGAUGGAGCUCUUCUCUGUGGAUCAGUGGACCGGAGCACUACGGCUGCGGAGGUCUUUGGACCGUGAGCGGCAGUCCUCCCAUGUUGUUAUUGUACAGGCAUCUGAUGGUUAUGGAUACUUUGCUUUGGUCCCUGUCAUUGUCGAGGUGAAGGACAUCAAUGACAACAGACCAUACUUCCCUAUCCAGACACUCACAGCAAGCAUUCGAGAAAACCAGCCACCAAACUCUUUGGUCACUGUACUGCAUGCCAUUGACUAUGACACAGGUGUGUUUGGCCAAGUGCAAUAUUUCAUGCUGGACAUGUCGGGAGAGGGAAAAGACUCCUUUCUAGUGGAACAAAAUACAGGAGAGGUCCGGGCACGCUCGACUUUUGACUUUGAGAAGUUGAAUGCUUUCAGUUUUGUUGCUUUGGCUGUGGAUGCUGGAAACUUCUCAGCUACUGUCACAGUGCAGGUUUAUGUGACAGGAGAGGAUGAGUAUGAUCCUCUCUUUACUUCUCCAACCUUUUCCUUUGAGGUUCCAGAGGGGGCCAAGAAAGGGCAGACUAUUGGGCAGGUACAAGCUGCUGAUGAAGACAGCGGUGUUGAUGGCAUCAUCCUCUACUCCUUUGCAAGCCAUUCGCCCUACUUUGAUGUGAACCGUACCACAGGUGUAGUUUUCCUGAAGAUGGACAGCUCGGGCCACCAUAGUGGGACAGGUCGUUCCAAGAGAGAAACCCGGCUGAUGACUUUGGAUGUGGUAGCCCGUAGUCCUUUGGACAUUUCACGUAUGGCCACUGCUCAACUGACGAUUGACGUCACACAAACCUCCUUUGGCCUCGCCCCUGACGUCAACAUCUUGCUGAUCAUAGUAGUUGCCGUAUCGCUGGGCGUCAUCAUUAUUCUCAUUGUGAUAGCGGUAGUGCUAUUCCUGGUAAAGACUAAGCGACGCAAGAAGGGUCAGGGAGCCAACCGUGGGGCUGCUACACCUCAGGGCACAGCCCUACAGAAAUUGGAUGAUACUGCAGGUGGAGAAAGGAUCUACCACCAGACUCUUCCUGGCUAUGCAGGUGAUCAAGGUAAUGCGGGCGGGGGACCUUAUGCCAGAGGUGGAUCCUUGGAUCCCUCCCAUUCCAGUGGGCGGGGUUCUGCUGAAGCUGCCGAGGACGAUGAGAUUCGGAUGAUCAAUGAGUACCCCCGCGUCUCCAGCAUUUCAUCUUCCAUGCAAGAGCAUAUCUCAGCCCGAGGUCCUGACUCGGGGAUCCAGCAGGAUGCCGACCAGCUCUCCGACAUUUCCUGUGAACCAGGGGCCUUGGAUGCUGGACAGUGGUUCAAAGGAAAGAAGCUUGGAAGCCUCAGUGGGACUCUGUUAUCAGGCCAGCACCCCAUCUACAGGGAUGAAGGUGGUGGCUAUCUGGGGGUUGGAAGGGGCUUAAACAUUUCACACCCUAAGGACUACGCUUUUCCAGAGGAUGGGAAGCCCUCAGUGGAUGGCUCUCUCACAGCUAUUGUAGCCAGCGACGAAGAGCUGCGGGGCAGCUACAACUGGGACUACCUGCUCAACUGGUGCCCACAGUUCCAGCCCUUAGCCAAUGUCUUCACGGAGAUUGCCCGACUGAAGGAUGAGAGUGCCCCUCCCAACAACCCACGUCGGCCUUUCCAACCAAAGCCUAAAGCCGACCCAAAGCCAAGAAUCGACCCGCCUCCUCUCAUCACCUCUGUGGCCCACCCAGGAGCUAAGUCUGUUCCCCCGAAACCAGCCGUCGGACGGACGUUCCCACAUUUGGCUUCCCUACGGCGGUCGCCUAUCAGCCAUGAGGGCUCUAUUUCUUCUGCAGCGAUGUCCCCAAGCUUUUCCCCCUCCCUCUCCCCAUUAGCUGCCCGCUCGCCAGCCGUCUCUCCCUUCGGCGUCACGCAGGGUCCCUCGGCCUCGAUGAUCAGCACAGCAGAACAUUCCUUGGAGCAUGGCGAGGAGGCCGAGCUGAGGAUCUGAUGUGGUCGAUGGAGAGGGUUGUCAGUCAAGGAAGGUCGAGUGUGUGAUGUGAUGAGCUGUGAUGUUCUCGCUAGAUCAGAAUAUGGUUCAGGCCCCCCAUUUUGCCAUGGUGGUGAUGGUCUAUUUCUCAGGACCACCUGCUAUGUGACAGACUCCAUCGCAACUCGGCAUUGAUGUCUGUAGAUACACGUCGUACUGCCUCACUGGCUGGCCAGGAAGCUAAGAUUCCAAGAUCCCCUUUUUAGCUUAGGAAGCUGAACAACAAUUCAGUAUUACUUUGCAGCAAGCAGAAAUGCCUGCUACUGUCACUCUUUGCAUCAAUUUGACGAAUGUCUAGAAGUUUUUGAAAAAAAUCCAAGAAACAUGAUUUUUUAUGCACAUUUAAAUAAGGGGAAUCAAAAAGGAUGUUAAAAUGUUGCUUUACUAUUUUUAUACAGUCUUUUGUUUUCUGACUAGAAAAUGCCAUUGCCUCGUGUCAGGAGGCUCUCACUGUGUUAUAUCACACGUAUGUAUGCCACUCUAUGUAUGUUUGUAAUAGUGUUCCAUAUUGCCAUUUGAAGUGGAAUGAAGAGACUAUUGACAUCUGUGAUGUGAGUGCCUGGGGAACAUUUUGUGGUUUAUUAUUUAUAUACAUAUAUAUAUUAAAAAAUCCAAGCGCUUGCUAUGUUAGAAGGAAAAGUGCAAAUUAGACUAGAUUGGUUUUUCAGUACGGUGUUUGUUGUAGUAGUGUUUUACGGGUGGACUUUGCAGGCCUUGCAUAGUGUUUGCUCCACCACUGUCGAGAAAGAAUGGCUGACCUUUUUUUGAAGACUGGGACCUUCCACCUCUUUCGUGGCCCCACCAAAACUCCAGGCUGCCAACACCAACAGCAGGGCCAUAGACGAGGCGUAUGAGUUGGGCCAAACUCAUUUAUCAGCAGUUCCUUCCACCCCUUUCAUUUGAGAACCUCCAGUCACAGUAGAUGUUUCCUGUUUCCCAGAAGCAGGAAACCUUGCCAUCCACAAAUGUCAACCACUUCCCUCCUAGCUAACUUCUGGUUGCAAACCUUUAAUAACAAAACCAAAGUCAAAAAGCUUUCAUUGACCAUGCAGGCCAUCUGCAACAGCUUGCUAGAAGGUUCUUAUGGCCUGCUGUUAAUACAAUAGGAAUGGCUCAGACACCAUUAAUUGUUUCAAGACUACGUGUUUUUCUUUGAUUGUUAGUUUAGAGCUAGAGUUCUGGUCAUGGCGUAUGUUAUACUGGGCUUUUGGCUCUUUCAUCUGCAUUGGCCAGGUGAAGGAAGGUGACAUUUUAAUAAUGGGUAUAAUGUUUGUCAUGGUAUUUAGUACCAAUGGCAAAAGCUCACGUUUAAUAGCAGAGGUGAAGUCCUGAACAAAGUAACCUUCCUUUGCAUUUCCCCCUGUAUUCUCUUACAUCCUCCCGCUUUUCUGAGAGUCAAGAUUAGAUGACAGAUGCUCCAGGGCAAUUGUAAACCUCCUCUCCUCCUGUCAGAGCUGCCACAUUUUGCUACAAACUUAAAAUGUUCUAGAGGACAAAUUGGAAUACAAAGCAUUUGUCGUGGCCAUUGAGCUGCAUGUUAAACAACUAGGUGAAGUUGUGGAUCAUGUUCUCUAAGGACAGGACAAGCCUCCAGGUGGAACCCAAGUGAUUUUUGAGAUGGCUGCCAGCAUUUAGACAAAGGAAUGAUUGUUGAACCCUUUGCCCAUGUACUUAAAGCACAUAAUAAAUUCCUAACAACCCCCCCCCCACACACACACACACACACACACGCACAUAUACACACAAUUUAUUUCUGAAGUCUUGACUAGGAACUCAAAUGUUUAGGCUGAACUGUGUUACAGAUGUGUCAUUUAGAAGGGAAUUGCACCCAUUGUUAAAAAGUGAUUAUCAAGGCAGCAGUCUACAGACAUGGCUUGGAGCAGACAAGCGGUUAGGUGACAGCCGAACCCAGAUGACCCGCGAUCCGGCAUGCAGAGGGAAUUCACAAACACGGCUUUACUCCCACGGAAUGAUGGCAGCUAUUACUGGACAAAAAGCAGCAACGAUGAAUCACAGUGCAAAGCAAGCCAGCGUCGCCAGAAUGGUCUGUAGGCACAUGGCACGUCUGAACAUCAAAAGAAACGGACUGGCGGAGGACCGAGGACUCUUCUUCUUUUCCUUCGAAGGCCGCAGACCAUACCCGCAUUGUAGAUAUGUAAAUAGUCCCUUCUCACAAAUAACCACUGAGCUGAACCUUCCUCUGGGGCUGUGGGAUAUUUGACUUAAUUAACAAUCCAAACUGAACAUGGCUCUGAAUGCUUCGAAGAAUGUACGCACGUUUGACGUGGCUCAGUAAUCAGGAGGCUCUCCUCUUCCAUGUUUCCUCAUGUGGACCACAGACAUGUUUACAUAGCUGUAGUGGAUUUUUGCCUCAAUUGCUGCACCAGGGAAAAAAUGAGCAAUACUGUUUUUUUUUUUUUUUUUUUUUUAAAUAUACAAAUUCAGGCAAAUCCAUACAAUGGUGUUUGAAGGUUCUGGAGCAACAAAGGACUCAGAGCAGAAGGACAAAUUUGAUUAAGCAGGUUAAUAGAGGACAAAAUAAAUAAUUGCAAGAACUCAUUGGAUGAUUUAUGCUCUUCCUGUUCUAGCUCCAAAAUAUGGAGUACUUGGUCUUCGUUUUGUACAAACAGUAUUGUAAACAUGGACAUUUUGCAAUGAAUUUUGAUGGGUGGACAUUCGACCAAUCAGAUGGUGGUGAUGCAACUAGCUUGAUUUAGUCACACUUUUGCCACUGCUUACUACACGUCAGCGUGGGUACAGGUCGGGUCGGGUAUAGCUCACACAAUUUACAAUGGAAAACCAUCACUGCGGUUCGGCCCGGGCCCGGCUCGGUUCUUGGUGGCAGUGGAAAAGCACCAGGACAGCAGUAUUCCAGAGUAUGAACUAUUUGUCUCUAGUCCAAGGAAUGGCAAGCUCCAUAAAAGCAGUAUUGUUCAUAAUUACAGUAGCUGGUUGAAUUAUAUGAGAUGGAAUUGAAAACGUACUGAGACGCUCUUCUACUCGCCUGGAAGCUGCCCUUUCUGGUGGUGUACGAGUAGUUGCUACGAUGCGUGCCUUCUAUUUCCGAAUCACAUGCAUUAGAUCAUUUAAGGUAGGCUAAGGCUAAAACCAGUCAACCCAGGGAUUCUCUACUUCAUUUUUAAAGAAUAUUAGUGAAUGACAAAAAUAUCAAACUGGGCUUAAAAACCAUUAAUGGAAACCUAGAAUUUUAGGAUUGUUAUGGAUUCACUUAGACUCUUAUGGAAAUGUCUUGUGGUCAUUUGCAAUCCUAUGCAUUAUUUGACAAAUGAACCAGCUCAGUUCUAAGAGUAACAUCACCGACAGCAUUUGCUUGUUGGGUCUAUACCCUCCACUCAGCAUAAGCUGCAAACAGCUGGUACCCAGCUGCAUCUCCGUUGGGGUGUGUUUUUUAUAAAACAUAGUUUGGAUGCCGCUCUAAUCUGAAAAUAAAAUUCUCACUCGGUGGUUUUUUCAUUCCAAUUUUUAUCGAAGGUCUUAAUUAGCACUGAUGUCCCAAGCCGAUACCAAAGAUGGCAAUCAGGGUCAGUCCAGGCAUUUCUUAAACUGAUCGGUAUCCGGCACCACAACCCGAUCCAAAGAACACGUUAAUUUCCUGCGUCCGCCUAAUUUACAUUGCAAGGUUCAGUCACACACUGCAGCAAACCUGAGGCACAUGGUUUGACCUACAAACUAUCGGGAUGUCAGCCAUGUGGAAAUUCUUUAAAUUGGAAACUCAAAGCGGCCCAACAGCCACCCGCAGCGUUUGUGAUGCCAUCCUUUCGAAAGGAAAUAGCAACAAAGUGUCAUUUAAUGCAACAAAUCUAAUUCGGCCCUUGCAGAAACAUAAUAAUGAGCGAUGCUAUAAAAUCGCAAGGCUUACUCAGACUAAGAAUGUACCGACGCCUACUGUAUGUCUAAGUAUAAUUACAUAUUUAUUAAAAUAUCAGAUUGGUACUGAAUCAGUAGAUAUAAAUAUUGAAUGGAAUCAAUUGGAGUACCAAAAAAGUGAAUCAGGAUGUCCCUAUUAAGUAGUAUUUGAUGGGUUUAAGUGUUUACUUCACCGGUGAGGAAAUGUGGUGAAGUCGAUGUGUCUUUGAGGAUGCCGGCACUUAGAUGACAGAUGUCGUGACACUUGCCUUGAGGAAGUCUGGGAUCCCCAGUGAUAUUCCAUAUUUAUUUGUCAACGAUCAAGUAUUGUCCAGGUCUUAUUUUACUCUUCAAAGGCUGGACAGCCAAUCAAGGUCAUGAAAAUAAACGAAAUGUUUCUGGCAGUGGACCUUUGGCGAGGGAGCCCAGCGUAAGGUCAGAUUUAUUACUGUCUAAACAUUAGCCAUGGAAGAAAGGCCUGGAAUUUACAUUUCUCCUGUGUUUUUCAACGAAAUGCCCUUUUUUCUGACAGUUCUUCAAUGCAUUUUAAUUGUUAACAUGUCGGUAAAAUAAAAAGUUGUUUAUUGGUUUGGAGUGGAGUGCUUAGUGGAAUGUCAUUAGCAGCUUGAUAAGUUGCAUUCCCGCUAAAAAUGUUUAAUUAUAUAAAGACAACCAAAAAAAAAAAUGCAUCUUGGAAAAAGCAGACCCCCGACCCCCGCACUAAUGACGGUAUAGUAUUGCUGAACUGAAGCUUGCUGGCCAAAAAAGCAAUUUCCCAACUUGAGUGCGGGGAGUUCCAGGAGCAUUCGGGAGCUGUAAAAUCAUUUAACGACGUGAGGAUUGCUUUCUGCUUCCCCUUUGAGGCUGCGCUGACUGGACCCGCCAUGGACAGCUGCCUGAUUGUCAUUACCACAGAGGAUUCAUAUUUGAAUAUAUUUUUGUUGCAUUUCGCUGAAAUGUCGAUAAAUGCCAGAACGGAUUUUCUGCCACGUUGAGCUUGCGAGGAUUUUGACAGCAAGCAGAACUAAACGACUUGGUGACAUAUACCAGUGUUUUAAGGACCUGUAGACUUAAAUAGUUAAAUAGUCGCCUGAAAAGAUCACACCGAGGAGUCAUACUAGAGAAUUACUACAGCAAAUAUAGGCGGUAGCUACUUAAACACUAAUGACAACAAGCUGAAAUUCUCAACAGUGAAUCUUGCUAAGCAGCCGGAAAGUAUUCACUAGUGUGAAAAGUGAGCAGUUCUAUAGGAGGUCACGUAGCAAAGCCAUAUUUAUAAGCGGAAGGCAGAUCCUUGUUUGAAACCACCCUUGUCUUUGCUAGGUUCAUUUUUCUUGAGUUACUUUGCUAUGGAAAAUACCUUAAGAGGUGCUAGUGUCUGUUUUUUAUUACUUUAAAUUUAAAUAAAAACAAACUGAUUUGCAGCACCCAGGGCAUGUGAACAACGACCCAUGUUUAAAACUCCGAGUAAAAUAUCACGGAGCUUGCAAUGCCCAUCCUCAUCGAUCUUCUAACUUCUGCCAACUCACCUCCCCACUUAAGGAAAAAAGUGAAACUGCUUUGCUUCCAAUUAAUUGAAUGUAACAAAGCUGACCCAUGAGAGUAAGCCAAUGCUACUGUCAUUCUUUGGGGGGAGAGAGUGGGUCUGAGUAAAUGACCAUCCGCUUGAAUCGGAUGGAUUCCAUGCCUUCUCCAUUACACGGAGCACACAGCCGGGCGAUUCUGCUUCAUGUCCUGUGUAAUGGUCCGAUUCUCUUCAUACCACCGUUCAGCUUGUGCACGCAGUCCUCCACAUUUCACAUGUGGCUUUUACACCUGUUUCUCCUUAAAGCAGUAUUAUAUAUGAAGGUUUAUCUUUCUGUUUAAACCCUCAGAAAAUGUGCUGUAUCUCACACAGCUGUUCCCUAUCUUAUCUCCUCCCAUGGAAAGUGACGGAUAUAAUCGCAGAUUCAGAACAGCCGCCAGAGAGGAGAUGCUUGCUGGAUCCGGUGCGUUAAUGUCCUGUCAAGGUUGUGAAACACCCUCUGUUGGAAUCAAAGGCAGAUGCGAGGAACAGACAUAUAAGAUCAUGAGCAUAGAUGGACAUUAACGGGAAAAGUCAUGCUGGAUUGUCAAUCCUCAACAGGGCCAAUAGUUGUUUAUUCAGAAAAUGUGAAGAGCAACUAAGGGUUUUGUAUUAGCAAAUAGAAGGAAUAUUAUGUGUUUUUUUGAGGAAAUCCAAACGUGUCGCCGAUUCCUUCCAUUCCUCAUGUCCCUAGAUUCUGUCAGACGACCAGUUGCCAGGAUUUGAUGCGCGAUGUUCUGUCUGGGUUUCUUGGAGUGAUUGUUCCUUUGGAGCUAGUGUGUCCUUUUUUAUUUUGCAUUGGGUCCCGACUUAUCAGGCUGCCGUUAUCCUAAGCAGCUAACUGCCGAUGAAUGCAGCACGUUUUGCAGCUUGCAUUUACUGCAGUCACAGCCUGCAGUGGCAGAAGGAGCAAACUGCCAGUGUUGGGGUUUGGUUUUGAGGAAUCUUUUCAUGCAGAAGUCUGGGUGUUGAAUGUAUUGCUUAUAAAGGAUUCCCCAUAUAAGGAACAAGAUUGGGCAAAGUUUGCAGGAAUGAUCUGCCCUCAUAUUAAUGGCCACUGCAAUCUCCUCAGCUAUAGUACCACUGGAAAAUCACCUGUCCCUGAUGGAGUUUACAAUUCCCAAUAGUCAUUCUAGCGCUAAUACCCAAUUACAUGCCCUUUCACGAUUUCAGAGUUGAUUUCAAUGUAAUUUGAAUGUAACAUCCUAGGUGAGAAAUCCCUCCUAUGGUCCACCUCAGGUCACCGACAUUGUCAGUGUGGGUCUGUAGCUGGAUCUUCUCCACCUCUAAUGGAGGUGUUUGACCUCCAGCCGAUGAUGUAAAACUCAGCGCGUGUCUUCAGAUUCAUCCCCAUGUUGUCACUGCAGCCAGCACGAGUUGGGAAUCAAAGACCUCGGCUACAGCUAGGAGUACCAUGUUAAACAUUUAGUCUGUGAAAGGAGCCGAACCGCCGUCUGAACCCUUGACGAAGUCGUGUCACGUCACCACUGUGGUUGGCGUUCUCGUAGUGGCGAACAUGGCAGAUGUGAAUACCGACAUCCGACUGAAAUCGCACCCGGAACAACGAAACGAAAAGUCGUUUACCUUUUGAUUGUCUUUUAUUUUCUGCAUAGUGCCUUUCUUUGUCUUUUUAGACCUUGGAUGGAACACGCAUGUCCGUCCGUCACACACUCCUGGUCACUGUUCUUUACCGCAGACCUUUGUAUAUUAUUGUAGCUAAGGAAUGAAAACUUUUAUUUAUUUUAUUUUGUAAAAAAAAAAAAUAAUAAAAUGUUUAUUUGUUCUUGUUCCUCAAUAUAUUCUUGAAGUCACAUGUUCUGACUGAUUUGUACUUUGUAUGUAGCUGUGCAUUUGUAGGCAUACGUUUCCACCUUGAGUCUCCUCGAUGUUAUUCCUGAGCACGGAAGCGUUGUUUGCGCCAGUGCCGUCCAUUUGAGAACAGAUGCCUUAAUAAAUGUCCUCGGAAUAUUCGUUACGAA